AUGCGCUACGAAGAUUGGGAUAUACUUCUGUUCCCACGCGAUGGCCAAGUCCCGCUAAAGGAAUUCAGAGUAGCCUGCCAUGUGGUUCACGACGAUGAGCUCUCACACAUCAACGGCUCCCCUGGACUACCAACUGUCUGUUGUUUCGUUCCCAGUUUACCCCCUGGUGCUCCCUACAAGCUGUCGAUACACUCUUGGGCGACACCACCGAUAAGCCAGUCCACCCGAUCAUACGGCAAAUUCGCCGAUCGAGUUGUCUUUGAGGUCCGCCUGUUUGUAGACGGAAGAUUCGUGUCGUCAGCUUCGAUGAAUCGAGCAGGGCCAUGGCCAAAUGUCUUAAAAAACUCGUUUGGGUUUUCUGAUGCCGGGGAACUCCCUCUCAGCUUCCCCAAAUUUCAACGGGAGCUCCUCGAUCAAAGCUACUGGAGUCCAGCUGAUGAUCUCGGUCGUAUCAAAGUCAUCAUCAGCGAAAGCUACCCGCGGGAGUCCCUUUCUGUGCCUUUCGAGAGACUCAAGAAUAUUGUAGCAUUCUCUUUUCAGCAUGCGCCACUCGAGAUACUUGAAAGUUCCGCGAUUGCGUGGCCAAAUAGCGCAAUGUGGCGCGCCAUGCCAUUUACUGCAUCAUCAUAA